AUGAGGUUCUCUACUGCCGCUUUCCUCGCCAUCGGCCUGUUGGCCGGCAACGUCAUCUCUGCCCCCGCAGUUCAAGGAAACGAGGUCGCCCUCCCAAUUGGAGUCCGUGCAGAGGACUUUGUCGCAAACGACGCCGCCCGUCUCGAGGCCCGAGGGAAGAAGAGGAAAGCCGGCGGAGCUGGGGGAAAGAAGAAGAAUGGCGCCGCCGCCAAGAAGAAUAAGGCUGCUGCUGCUGCUGCCGCGAAGAAGAACAACGCCAACGCCGCAAAGAACAACGCCAACGCCGCGAAGAACAAUGCCAAUGCCGCCAACGCCGCUAAUGCCGGUAACAACGCGAAUGCCGGAAACAACGCGAGUGCCGGAAACAAUGCGAAUGCUGCCAAGGCCACGGGCAAGUCCCAAGCCGAGUUCUCUGGGUUGGCCUGCACCAAUGGAAAGGGAGCUGGUGCUUGCAACGCCAAAGGCCAGUGUGCUGUCAAUGGCGAGACGAAAGCGAUCGCCGGCCAGUGCGGUCAGGAUGCGGCGAAGGCCAACAAGCGCUACGUCUCCGAUAUUGCCCACCUCAUCUAA